AUGACGUCGAUAAAAUGGUUGAUGUGUGCUGUUGCGUUAGUGUGUGUGAGCAUACGAUACGCUAAUGCUGCGCCCGCGCCGCAAGAAGAGGAAUACCCACCUAUGCCAUACGAAUACAAGUACGACGUAGAAGAUCCUGAAAAAGAAUUAUACUUCGGCGCAAACGAAGCUAGCGACGCGCAAGGAAAAGUGAUCGGUGGCUAUAGAGUACUAUUGCCCGACGGUCGUCUAAUGAUUGUCGAAUACACCGUGGAGGGAGACAGCGGGUUCGUACCCAAGAUCAGCUUUCAAGAAAACGCGAACCCCUUCACUAAAGGAUAA